ACUGGAUUGUCAGGUCAGCUCAAUUGCAGGUGGUAUAGGGUAGGUCUUCUGAGAAGCCACACACUGGUGCCAGUAGUAGCUCACGAUCACAAAUGGUAGUGCAGAGCUUUUCCUAGUAAGAUUUAAAGAUGCAAGGACACAAAAAAAUGGCGUUGAUAAUUUAUCAUCUGUUGACGACUCUACUGGUACCAGUUGCUGGCACUGUGUGUCCCAAUCAACAUAGCUUCUCUUGUACUGAACAAGAUACAGAACUCCCGGACAACACCAUUGGUAGAGCUUGUGUUUGUGUGUUCGCUGACUGCAUACCUAAAGCCAACCCAUGCCCUACCAUAGACAACAUUGUUUUUAAAGAUCCAACGUUUACAUUCAUAACGAGAAAUUUGUUUUUAAAUUACAGUAGAAUAAAUUCUAUCGAUAUUCAAAGUAGCAGUGUUGAUUACAUUGCAGAUAUGGCCUUCGAGGGUCAACAAAAUUUGAAAAUGCUUCGAAUUGAAGGCAACAAGAUUCAAUUUGAAGCAGGGGCCUUUCGCAGCAUGGAAAAUCUAGAAAUCUUGCAAUUCCAGCCUAAAAAUUUUGCAUUAACUAGAGAAUUAUUUACUGGACUUGGAUCAACCUUGGAGAAUCUGGAUCUGGGAACAGGAAUGGUUAGGAAAUUGAAUAAUAAUACAUUUGACCAAUUCAUCAAUUUAAAAACAUUGUCCCUCGCCAAUAACCAUCUAGGAACAAUCCAGCAACGAUGGUUUUUCAGAUUAGCUCAACUGGAAGAACUCAACCUUGGGGGCAAUAACAUCCAGUCCAUCCCAAGCUCUGUCUUCAACUAUCAGACAAACCUGAAAAAGCUGUACAUACCAGAAAAUGAAAUUACAGCCUUGGAAGAAGGAUGCUUUGAUGGACUGGGUUUUCUAGAGGAACUUGUCCUAUCUGGAAAUCAAAUACAAUACAUGGAUAACUUGUUAACAGGUCUCGCAAACCUUACAAAAUUGGUUAUGAAUGAUAAUUUACUUCAAACCACCAAAAAGGAGAAUUUUGCAGGACUUGCCUCCCUUCAAUCUUUAUCACUUUCUGGCAACUCCAUUGCCAGCAUCUCAGCUGGAUCAUUUGAUUCCCUACCAAAACUAGAAUCUUUGGACUUAAGUCAAAACCUUCUGCCAAAUCUACGAGAAUACUAUUUUGAAGACCUACAAACAGUUUCUACGAUUAACCUUGGAUAUAACAAGAUCAACGAGAUUGGCAGAAACACUUUCACCAGCCUUACUAACUUGACAUAUCUAUUUCUGGAAAACAACCAAUUGAAUACCUUCUCUUUCAUGGACUUCAGUGACAAGCACAACUUGCAGAGAUUAAGCUUACAGAACAACACAAUUACUUCUGUAAGCUUCAGUACCAUUGUGCAACCACCGCAACUGUUGAAUCUAAAAAUACUCUGGCUUGAGAAUAACAGGUUACCAACAUUUCCAAGUUUGAUUUUUGACUACGCACCACAGCUUGCCAUCGGCCGGAAUUCACUUCAACUGACGCAAAAUCCCCUGUCAUGUGAUUGCAAUAUCAAGGACCUGAGCGAAUCCACAAGGAACAUUGUCUUGGAUGCUCAAAUAAGUUCCAAUUGUGCGCAACCCAUCUGCAGUGCACCUACAGCAAUUUUUGUCCAAGAAAAUGUCAUCGUACCAGUGGGUGAGGAAGUUAGCUUGAUCUGCAAUGUGACUGGUCAACCUAAUCCACUGGUUUCAUGGAUGAUGAAUGAUGUUGUGAUAGAAGGAACAUACAAUACUUUCACUGGCAUAUCACAAAUAAACUUUGACAAAGUAUCCAAAAGUAACUAUGGAAACUAUACAUGCACAGUUAGAAAUAUUUAUGGAUCCUCCAAUAUUACAAUGAAUCUAAUUGAAAAGAAGGUUAAAUACCAAGAUGCUGGGGGUGAAAAUGACCAAGAUGUUGUUAAAGGCAAAAAUGAAGCCAACUGUCAUAUGCCUUCAUAUAUGAUUUUUGGUAAUCUAGUUCUUUUAACUGCAAUAGUAAGAAAUUAUUGAGAGAAGCCAUUGAGUAGCAAAGGCUUUUUAUAUAGUUGGUGUGCCAAACAUGAAUAUAAUUCAAAGAUCUUUAACAUCCUUAAGUAUCAUGUCAGUGACAUCAUGCCAUGUGACACCCCUUCAUUAAUGAAAAAACUAUACCGAAGCGGUUUAUAAGGUAGAGUGGUUCUCAGCUACAGUUCACAUUUCAAUUGAUGUAAAGUUCUAUUACUGUACCUGUAUAUAAUUAUAACAUUAUUGUACCUUUUUAUUCUGCACUUUAAAAUUAAAUAUACAAAGGAUAUUAUGGCAAAAUUUGAAGGUUUUGAUAUGAUAAACUGUGCUGGCUCUGUUGGUGAUCAUCAUAACGAUUGCAUUGUGGGUAGUCAGUUGCUCAGAAACGAAACUGUGUCACAUGCUAAUGUGAUGCAAUGAUAUGGUACUCUCAAUAAGACAAACAAUUUUCAGAA